AUGGAGAUUGAGUUGCCUGAUGUGCCCUUGGUGAAAAUCUUCUCCUAUCUGGAUGCCUUGAGCUUGCUACAGGCUUCGCAAGUGAGCAAGGAUUGGAAUAAGGUUGCAGAAAGUGAUUUGCUAUGGAGGAGGAUGUGUCUAAAGAAAUGGCACUUCUGCAACUUCACCUAUGAGCACCUGGGCACACAGACAUGGAAGCAGUUAUUCCUCCACCAAACAAAGCAGGAGCAUCGGAUGGCAUGUGCACAGCCAGAAGACUUUAUCUACAAAGAAGCAGCUGGGAACCUUGGAAGUAGAUUCACACUAGAUGAACAAGGGAAGUCAAUCAUUUGUAUUGUGUCUUCAAUGCGCAAACUUUAUACCUGGGAUGUGCAAGAGGGCACUAUGAUCUGGUCAAGCCCAGUACAGCAGUUCAAUAUCACCAAUUUGGAGACCCUCCCUCAGAUGCAUCUCGCGAUCACUGCAGAUAUGGGAGAAAACAAGUGGAACUGUCGUGACAGGGAUCCUCUGGCUACCUGCGCAAUGGCUCAAAUCUGUUUUUCCUUGAAUGCUUUUCUCACAAAGGAUGGGCCAUUCCUGAUGGUGGGUGAUUCUGAUGGUAACAUCCACACAUUUACAAUACCUGAGUUAAGGGAUAUUUCUGAAGUCCAUGCAUUUCAACAUAGCAUUGAUAUUCUACACUGCUCUCCUGACAAGAAAUGGGUCUUUUCAUGUGGGAUACAUCAACAUAUUUUUUCAAAGAUUUUUUUCACAGAGUGUUUAUUGAGACCAUCAGAACAUAGCACCCCCCUGUAUUUCACUCUCCCAUUUGCAUCAUGCAACAGAGGCUGCUGGACUCCAAGGAGAGAAAACGGGAUACCACUGAUGUACCGGAGAGAUUCCCAAAAAAAAACAGGAUUUACCACUUUUGAUCUAACAACAGAAAGCCCUGAGGCACAUCAGAUUGCAAGUUUUCUGUUGCCAGUUCAUAUAGACAGCCCUAAUUGGAUGGGAGUCAGUGAUGGAAGUAUUAUUGUUGUUGAGAGUGGGCCAUACCUGUUCCUCUUCACCAUUAAUGGCCUCAUGCUAGAACGAUGUGAGGGCCACCAGAGCAUCAUCAGCAACAUAUGGGUGGAUUCUCUCCAUAUCCUUGCAGCAUCCAUGGAUUGUUCUUUACAUGUGUACAUGUGGGAAGAGGGAGGCUAUUACCCAUAUCUCAAGAAGUGCUGUCACCUGGAAUACCUGGGGAACAGUCUGACACCAAGCUGCAGCCAGGUCUCCCGGGCAAUAUGUGAUAACAUGAGCAUAGUACGCGUGGUGUCAAGAGCUCAUGAAUCCAACAUUCUGGUGAUAAAUAUUUUGAAUGUGUAA